AUGGCUUUGUCAACACUCACCUGUUUGGCUGUGGUUUUCACAAUCUUCAUCCUCCUGCAAGAAGGAUUCAGUCUCCCUGUGUCUGGACAGUCUGAAAACGCAGUCAACUCUGCGCCCAAACGAAUCCGGACCAAACGGUGUUCCUGUAACAACUGGAAUGAUAAGGAAUGCAUCUACUUCUGCCACUUGGACAUCAUUUGGGUGAACACACCAAGUAAGAUCACCCCGUACGGUCUGGGAAGCCCCCUGUCCCGACGCAGGAGGUCCACCGAGCGUUGUCAGUGCGCCAACCCCAACGACUUAACCUGUUCCAGUUACUGUCACACGAGCUCAGAAGAUCCAAACUUAGUGAUUGUGAGCCCAUUGGAAAACCACUCAGACAACAAAGAUAGAACCAGCAAUGACCUGCUUACCUCAAUCAGGCGUGUGGUCAAAGCAAAUUUAUUGGCAGCGAAGCGAUCUUCCUCUCCCAGAAAGAAACCACUGAGGGCCAGCAUCCCCAACGCUGGGUAAAACGACACGGAA